AUUAGCUGGUUGCAAAAUGCUUUUUAUUUUUAUUUUAUUAUUGUAGGUUUUUUUUUUUUCUUUUACAUAUAUUUUUUUUUUGUCCACAACUGGUUAUGCUCUUUUUUAUCAUCUCCCAUUUGACCACGAAGGCCAUAGAUUUUUUCCUUUUACCCUUUUGACAUAAUUACAAGCUGCACUCAUCUCAAGCCCUUUCCCUGUACUUUCACGGCCCCGGACCUCCACCCACUCAGGUUUAGCAUCAGCCCUCCUGGCCAUGUGAACGACAGGGAACAGUAGCUUUCUGUCAUUUCACAGUUGCAGUGAGCUUCACGUUCGUAACUUUUCCAAAAACCUUGAGAAGCGUUGGACUGGAAUGGCUCACCACUUCCCGUAUGAGGCAACUGUUCCUUUGUUUACUAUGUUUUUUUUUUUUUAAAUUCAUUUAUAGACCCAAACGUUCCUGUUUCUGUUGAUUACUUUUCAGGCAGCUCAAAACAUUUUGUUUUUAAUAUAGCUAUCAUUAGAUACAUCCCUUUUUGUCUCCACCCUUGCUCUUAGUCCCAAAAUCUUUUGCUUUACCCUGACCUUGAUACCAAAGGUCUGCCCUCCCUCCCUGUUCAGGAAGAAAGGCUGGAGUUUGGAAAUUGACAGUGUUGAUUCCUGUUGGUGUCAUUUGUGAAUCUUGGCCCAUUCUAAAGCAUUCUGAAGUUGAUUUUUGGAGGGAAAAUGCUGGCUCGGUCUUUGGAGAAUAAAUGAACUGAUGAGAUGCUAGUUAAUCUUUGCAAUGCAAAAGAUAAGAUGGUCUCUAACCAAACCACUGUGCUCCAGUAUAUUUAUCACAAGCCUACUGCCAGCUCACUUUACUUUCAGCACAGCUGCUGCCUGUGUGUUUUCUGUCACUUGUUAAACUCUCCUUUGUCACUUGAAAUAUUUUCUCCAUAUUGAUUAUAGGGACUCCAUCCUUGGGUUGAGUCAGAACUGGAGGUGUGGAGAUGUUGUCCCUCUGGUUACAGGCCAUCUUAUUUGGUGCUAGAGGGGGGUUAAGGAGUGGGGAGAAGCGCCAGGGAGUUAUCAGCUCCCCCUGCUCUGUCGCUCCACCCCCCGCGCGCUUGCUGAGGACCGGUGGAGUGCGCGCACAGAGCUGUCUUCCUGACCCUUCAGCUAUGCCCAGUGCAGGCUCAAGCAGACCCCACAGUGCUUUCUUUAUACGCCCCACCCCAUUAAUAUGCCUCUGAUGAUGGCUGAUAAUGACAACUGCCCCUAGCUGGUUAUCUGUUCUGACACACCCUCUUAUUGAAUAGUGGGUUUUCUAGUGUGGGUUUAGGAGGCCUCAUUAAGAGCCUGUGGAGUGGUCCGGGCUGCGCCAGGCAGACAGCUCACUAUCUGUACUCCAUCGCCCGCGUCAGAUGCUGGGUUAGAGAGACAGAAGCACGUGCAGCAAAAGCGAUGACCUCUUUAUUUCAGAGCUGUGGAGGCUUCUAGAUACAAAUAAUUAAACCACAGACUUUUUUCUUUACCCCAUUGGCCAGGAUUCAAGAAAGCAGGACAGGAUAAAGAAAAACAAAGCAUUAAUUAAAAAUCUUUCUGAAAAGGAUAAAAGAAUAAAAGCAAAGUAUUGAUUAUUACUUCUUCCCUUUUCCUUCAAAUAUGCAAUGAUAUUCCCAAAGAGAUGGGAUCAGUUCAUUUGAGGAAGAUCAAGCCAGUAACCUCCCUCCUUUUCUGUAGUUUAGUUUGAAAACUGGGUUAAUGGAGAGUUUAAAGCUUCACUAUAUUCCACCAUUAAAUAUAGCAUGUCAAAGCCUUUCUUCCCUCCCAGCUACCCUUUUAAUUAUUUUUUUUGUUGUUUUCUUUUAAAAGAAACAUUCAUUGCAUGAAUGAAAACUAAGAACAGCUUGCUUUUAAGUUUUGUUGUUAUUUGGAAGAACCUGUUUUAUUUCCAUAUGAAAAAAAGAAUGUAUUGUUUGCAAACUUAUACUAACGAUCUUGUUUUCUGAUUUUGUCUCUUUUGGUUUUUUCCACAACUGAUAUUGUUAUUUAGAAGGUUUCAGGUGGGUGACACUAUUCCUGCGUAGGUGCCUGGCGGAAAGGAACACUAGGGCAGCAUCAGUCCUCUCCUCUUCUUCCAGCCAGCUGCGGCCGCCACUCUGACAAAGUCCAAAAAUAUGGCUUGUUACCUGAAAGCCAUUGAGACUCAGCCCAACUUUGCAGUGGCUUGGAGCAACCUGGGCUGUGUGUUCAAUGCCCAGGGAGAGAUAUGGCUGGCCAUACACCAUUUUGAAAAGGCGGUGACUCUGGAUCCAAAUUUCUUAGAUGCUUACAUUAAUUUGGGCAAUGUUUUGAAAGAAGCCCGCAUCUUUGACAGAGCUGUGGCCGGCUACCUGCGAGCACUGAGCCUUAGCCCCAACCAUGCUGUGGUCCAUGGCAACCUGGCCUGUGUCUACUACGAACAGGGCCUCAUCGAUCUGGCUAUUGACACCUACCGCCGUGCUAUUGAAUUGCAGCCACACUUUCCUGAUGCCUACUGCAACCUGGCAAACGCCCUGAAGGAGAAGGGCAAUGUGUCUGAAGCAGAGGAAUGCUACAACACAGCCUUACGUUUAUGUCCAACACAUGCAGACUCCCUCAACAAUUUGGCCAAUAUUAAGCGUGAGCAAGGCAACAUUGAAGAGGCAGUUCAACUCUACAGGAAAGCUCUGGAGGUUUUCCCAGAGUUUGCAGCAGCUCACUCUAACCUGGCCAGUGUUCUCCAACAGCAAGGGAAACUCCAGGAAGCCCUCAUGCACUACAAGGAGGCUAUCAGAAUCAGUCCCACAUUUGCUGAUGCCUACUCAAACAUGGGUAACACACUGAAGGAAAUGCAAGAUGUGCAAGGAGCCCUGCAGUGCUACACCCGUGCUAUCCAGAUCAACCCUGCCUUUGCUGAUGCUCACAGCAAUCUGGCCUCUAUUCACAAGGACUCUGGCAACAUCCCAGAGGCCAUUGCAUCUUACCGCACAGCCUUGAAACUCAAGCCAGACUUCCCUGAUGCCUACUGCAACUUGGCACACUGCCUGCAGAUUGUGUGUGACUGGACCGACUAUGAUGAGCGGAUGAAGAAGCUUGUUAGCAUUGUGGCUGACCAGCUGGAUAAGAACCGUCUACCAUCUGUGCACCCUCACCACAGCAUGCUGUAUCCGCUCUCUCACGGCUUCCGCAAGGCCAUUGCCGAACGUCAUGGCAACCUUUGCCUGGACAAGGUACACGCACUGAUCAAAAUAAAUGCCCUGCACAAACCUGCUUAUGAGCAUCCUAAGGAUCUGAAGGCCAGUGGAGGCCGCCUGCGCAUUGGUUAUGUCAGCUCUGACUUUGGUAACCACCCUACCUCCCACCUGAUGCAGUCCAUUCCUGGCAUGCACAACUCUGAAAAAUUUGAGGUGUUCUGCUACGCUCUCAGCCCUGACGACAGUACCAACUUCCGUGUCAAAGUGGUAGCAGAGGCUCAUCACUUCACAGACCUCUCACAGACCCCCUGCAAUGGCAAGGCAGCUGACCGUAUCCACCAGGACGGAGUCCACAUCUUGGUCAACAUGAACGGAUACACCAAGGGAGCCCGCAAUGAGUUGUUUGCACUGCGCCCUGCCCCCAUUCAGGCAAUGUGGCUGGGCUACCCAGGAACUAGUGGGGCUCCAUUCAUGGAUUAUAUCAUCACGGACAAGGAGACAUCACCUGUCGAAGUUGCUGAACAGUAUUCUGAGAAACUGGCCUACAUGCCCAACACUUUCUUCAUUGGAGACCAUGCCAACAUGUUCCCUCACCUCAAGAAAAAGGCAGUGAUUGAUUUCAAGUCUAAUGGACACAUCUUUGAUAAUCGUAUUGUGCUCAAUGGUAUUGAUCUGAAGGCCUUCUUGGACAGUCUUCCAGAUGUGAAGGUAGUAAAGAUGAAGUGUGAUAACAACCAGGAACCUUCUGGGGACACCAAUGGCGCUCUGUCUAUGCCCGUGAUUCCCAUGAACACAGCAGCUGAAGCCAUCAUCAACAUGAUCAACCAAGGCCAAAUCCAGGUCACAAUCAACGGCUUCACUGUCAGCAAUGGCCUGGCCACUACACAGAUCUUGUCUGCAGAAGAGGUUGUUGUCUCUGCGAAUGUUGCUCUCCAGAUUAACAACAAAGCUGCCACUGGAGAGGAGGUGCCACGCACCAUUGUCGUGACAACUCGCUCCCAGUACGGUCUUCCUGAGGACUCCAUUGUCUACUGCAACUUCAACCAGCUCUACAAGAUUGACCCCCCGACCCUGCAGAUGUGGGCCAAUAUCCUCAAGCGUGUGCCCAACAGUGUGCUGUGGCUUCUUCGUUUCCCUGCUGUGGGUGAGCCCAAUAUCCAGCAGUAUGCCCAGAACAUGGGUCUCCCUGCCUCACGCAUCAUCUUUUCACCUGUGGCGCCCAAGGAGGAGCAUGUGAGGAGGGGCCAGCUAGCUGAUGUGUGUCUGGACACGCCUCUGUGUAAUGGGCACACCACAGGCAUGGAUGUUCUCUGGGCAGGAACACCCAUGGUUACCAUGCCAGGUGAGACCCUGGCCUCCCGUGUGGCUGCCUCUCAACUCACCUGUCUAGGCUGUCCUGAACUCAUUGCCCAGAGUCGCCAGGAGUAUGAGGAUGUAGCAGUCAAACUUGGCUCUGACAUGGAAUACCUGAAGAUGAUUAGAGCACGUGUGUGGAAACAGCGAAUCUGCAGCCCUCUUUUCAACACCAAACAGUACACCAUGGACUUGGAGAAGCUCUAUCUGCAAAUGUGGGAGCACCAUGCCAGUGGGACAAAGCCAGAACACCUGGUCAAACUCCAGCCAAUCGAGACCAGCGAGAAUGCCUGAACUUGAUGCACGGCGCCUUCUCUCCUGCACACCCCAACCCUGUUCAGUCUUCCCCAGCUUCCUUACUUUGAACCAUUACAAGCCACCCUAGCUUGAGUAAUCGUUAAUUUCCACUCCAGUCCUUCCUGAAUGUUUAUAUCUGUCUCCAUCCAUUUACUCCCACGUUAAUAGGACUCUUAUUUGUUCUGGAGCCUACAGGUGAACCCCGGGUGUCUCCCCUUCACAUUCAUCAAUGCAUCUCACAUACACAGACACACACACACACACACAUACACACAGACACAUUUAUCUGCAUUUCCUGAGCCAGAUACAGUCUGAUGUUUCAGGCUCUUGAUCUGAGACUCCUGUCUUGAACCACACAGUCUUUGGUGUGUGUGAGAGGAAAAUGAAUGCCCCUCUGCCCUGUCAGUGAUUGGAAUCAGUGGAUUUUUUUCCCUCCUCCUCUCUGUGUGCAUAUGAGACUAAUUGCUGGUGGAGCGAAUGCCCAGCCUCCAUCACCUUGUUGAUCUACUUAUAGUUGGAUUAAGUGUUCAGUGUGUUUAAAAAGGACAAUGUUGCACCAUGAAAGUUGUAACUGACUUAAGUUUAAUCAGCUUUAACAUGCUUUCAUAAAACUUAGUUUGCAACUGCUCUUUAUUUUGUCGUAAGCUGUUAUUGUUAAAUAUGACUGCACCAAGUAGAUGUGCAAGUCUUGAUGAAGAUGGCCAUGAGGAAGACUGUUUUUUUCCCCCAUCACCAAAUGCCAACUUUUAAAGGAUUUUGUCAUGUGUCAAUUUAGGAAUACAGUCAAUAGCUGUUGUCCUCUUUGAUGUCACACAUUAUGCUUGCAAAGACAAUUGGGCAAAGCUGGACAAAGGAGUUUCUUGUUGGUAAUCAUUGGAAAGGGCCUAAAUUUCACGUAAGCCAUUAUCCACGUAUUGAUUGGUUUUAUCACUCAAACCAGGAACGGCCUAGGUAAGUAUUUUCUAAGCUGUUUUUGUUUUGUAUUGUCUAUUAACUGUAUGCUGUCAAUGAUACUGCAAGGCUCUGACUAAAUAUGAUUAAAAAAAUAAAGAUAUAUGGCAAACCUUUA